CCUUCACUUGCUUAUGGUCAUCCUUACUCAUGCUUCCGUUGGCUUGUGUAAAUAUGGCGGCAAAUGAAACUGUAAACAGCCACCAAAUUGAAGUUGAAUCCAUUGUAAACCGCUGGUUGUUGGACUAUUAUUAUUGUUCCUUACUAGAGCUUUUUACAACGGACCAAUACGAUGACUUCUGUGGCAUUAGAAGUGUAGUUGAAAGUGUGUUGGUCCGUCCUUUGCAGACCACAGAAAUCAUGCCAACAAAGGUCAGAGUUAUGCAGUUUCUCUCAAGGAUACAUGAAGGUGAAAAACUGGAACUGUCAUUUGAGAGUGAUGAGUCAGUCACUCCUCUCGAAUCAGCCUUAGCCAUUCUGGAAAUUAUGAGCCAGGAAAACGCUACUUCACAGCAGGAUUUCAAGAAGGUCAAGACUUCACUUAAAGAGAUGAUUGUGGGGAUUUUUAUCAGAAACGAGGACUUUGACAGAGCAAAACAGGUGCUGACAAAACACUUUCCCAAACCGAUGGUUGGAAAGAAAGCUAUUUACACUGGCCUCAUCAGACAGAAGAGCAAAGCACAUGAAGUCAUUGAGAAAAUCGACUUCCAAAAGUUCAAAGAGGAGAUGUUGGAUUUUUGUAGGGAACUCUGCCCCCUCAGUGUUCCUUUUCUCCUAAAGGCUGCAAAUCGGCUCAUUGAUGAGAGGAAAUUAAAGGAGGAUGACAAGGCAGCAAGUGCUGCUGAGCAAGACGAAGCUGGUCCGUCCACUCAUGUUCCAGUGAACAUCAUCCAGAUUGUACCAGGCAAACAAACGAUCAUCCUGAAGACCAGUCUCGAGGCAGUCUACAAGGCCUUGUCGGCUUCAGAUGAGAAAACCUUUACUCAGGCUGAGGAAGAAGUUGAAAGAGAGACACAGAAAUCACUUUCCCUCCAUCCCUCCCUCUCUCAAAAGAAGAGAACCAACCAAGACCCGGAGCAGACUCAGCUGUUCCAGAGAAACUCAGGCAGCCCCAUGGAGGCUUCCCCAGCAGACCAGCCGCCUCAGGCCGACACUGCGCCACAAACUCAAGCAGGUUCACUCUCAAAGACACCUGAAGUGAUAAGGAACAGACGUUUGCCUUACACCCUGGCACGGCUGGUGGUAGAGCCGGACAGCCAGGGGAGCAUACUGAGCACGGCAGCUUCUCAGGACCCGCAGGCUGGAUUAAUGAGAGAAGAGCCGCAACCAUCACAGCCAGUGACAGUCAGUAAAAAGAACUGUAAAAGAGCCUCGACUAGUUUGGCUGAGUCAUCGUCUGACGAUGAGAGGGACUUUCCUGGUGAAUUCCACAACAAAUUGACCAGAUCACCAGCCAGGAACUCUAGAAACCCAAGACGGAUCGUAUCAAGCUCAGAUGAAGAUGCACAGGAGUCAUCGUCACCCCACAGAACACCUCCCAAACAACAGAUUAGGAACUCUUACAGCAAGGAUCAAGGGAACACAAGUGAGGUGUGCAUCACAGACUCCUCAUUGGACAGCUCACCCAAUCUGUUCCCUCUUCAUCGUGUCCCUCGAACAAGCUCCACCCCUCAGAGGAAUGACAGCAGUCCUUCACAUUCAAAAUGGAAACAACUUUACAAUAAUGCCAAGGAGAGUAAGGAUACGUGGAGUGACGAAGAGUCAUAUUUCAACGCCAGGAGGAAGAACAAAGGAAUGCAGAAUGAGAGCCCUCUUUCAAGCUCGGGUGCCAGGAAGAAGAUGUGGACCGACAUUGAGACACAGAAGUUGAAAGAAGGGGUCCAAAGAUUUGGAGAGGGCAACUGGAGUAAGAUUAAGGCCUACUACUCUUUCAAAGAGAGAACAAAUGUGCAACUCAAGGAUAGAUGGAGAACAAUGAAGAAGAUCAAUCUGGUUUAAGAUGAAACCUCACAAAUUUCUGUUGUACAUUUUUUUUUUCUAAGUCUGACACUUAAGUUCCAUGAAUGUUUAUAGUUGAGUUUGCAGACUUAGUUUUCCCCUUGAUUGUAAUAAAACAGCAAUGGUGUCUGAUGUAUUUUUUACUGCAGCCUUAUAAACAGUCUGAAACUAAACACAA